AAAAUUAUAGGGAGGCGAAAUUUAUCCCCAAAUGACAGGGUAACCCUUGAAGAUUCAAACCCUCUACUCCGACCGGAGUCUCAGUGAAAGGCUUCCUUCCUGGUCUCGUUCCGUUGUUUCUAUCGAGAUGGCGUCGAGGCAGAUGGAGGCGAUCCAGAGGAAGUUAGAGCUUCUUAACUACCCUCGAUGUAACGCCCCGUCCCAAUCGCUCCUCUUCGCCGGCGUCGAGCGAUACGCCCUGCUCGAAUGGCUCUUCUUCAGGCUAUUAGGUGACAGGUCUCCGUUUACUCAGCAGAAUUGGCAAGGAGAUAGCAUGGACCGUGAUGAGGAAAAUACUCGAAUUCAACGUGAGUUUCCUGUCGACUGCUGGUUGAUGACUUAUUCUUAUCUAACUUAUCCAAUUUAUUUUAUGAAAUUUAUGAAGUCCUCCUCGUUCCUUUUUUGCCUUUGAUGGUUGUUAUGAGUG